CAUCGCGCACCCCGCAUCCCCGCGGCCGGGCAUGUAGCAGCGGCAGCAGCGGCGGAAUAUGGGCGGGAACCACUCCCACAAGCCCCCCGUGUUUGACGAGAACGAGGAAGUCAACUUUGACCAUUUUCAGAUUCUGCGGGCCAUUGGUAAAGGGAGUUUUGGAAAGGUAUGCAUCGUGCAGAAGCGAGACACGAAGAAGAUGUACGCCAUGAAAUACAUGAGCAAGCAGAAGUGCAUCGAGAGGGACGAGGUGCGGAACGUAUUCCGGGAGCUGCAGAUCAUGCAGGGGCUGGAGCACCCGUUCCUGGUCAACCUGUGGUACUCCUUCCAGGACGAAGAGGACAUGUUCAUGGUGGUGGACCUGCUGCUGGGGGGAGACCUGCGCUACCACCUGCAGCAGAAUGUGCACUUCACAGAGGGGGCCGUGAAGCUGUACAUCUGUGAGCUGGCCCUGGCACUGGAGUACCUGCAGCGGUACCACAUCAUCCACAGAGACAUCAAGCCAGACAACAUCUUGCUGGAUGAGCAUGGGCACGUUCACAUCACCGACUUCAACAUCGCCACAGUCGUGAGAGGAUUGGAGAAGGCCUCCUCCAUGGCAGGCACCAAGCCCUACAUGGCUCCAGAAGUCUUCCAGGUUUACAUGGAUGGAGGCCCUGGGUACUCAUACCCCGUUGACUGGUGGUCCCUGGGCGUCACAGCCUAUGAGCUGCUGAGGGGCUGGCGGCCGUAUGAAAUCCACUCGUCCAUGCCCGUCGACGAGAUCCUCAGCAUGUUCAAGGCGGAGCGUGUACACUACUCCUCCACCUGGUGCAAGGGGAUGGUGGCCUUGCUAAAGAAGCUCCUGACUAAGGACCCUGAGAGCCGCCUGUCCAGCCUCAGCGACCUUCAGAGUGCACCCUACUUGGCUGACAUGAACUGGGACGCGGUGUUCGAGAAGGCACUGAUGCCCGGCUUUGUGCCCAAUAAAGGGAGAUUGAACUGUGACCCCACGUUCGAGCUUGAAGAAAUGAUUCUAGAAUCCAAGCCCCUUCACAAAAAGAAGAAGAGGCUGGCCAAGCAUAGAUCCAAAGACAGCAGGAAGGACAGCUGUCCCCUGAAUGGACAUCUGCAGCAGUGUUUGGAGACCGUGCGGAAGGAGUUCAUCAUAUUUAACAGAGAGAAGCUCAGGAGGCAACAGGUCCAGGGCGGUCAGCUCUUGGACCCCGAAGGCCAAGCAGGGAGCCAGGCCCCGAGCAAGAUCCAGGAUGGGUGCAACAACAACCUUCUCACUCACACCUGUCCCCGAGGCUGCAGCAGCUAA